AUGUCCCUCACCGCCCUCCUCGCCCUAGCCAUGACCCUCCCGAUAGCAACAACAACACCAACACCCCACACAAACCCCAAAUGCACCCCCGAAGCAAUCCAAUCCCUCCUCCCCCCAACCGGAAACGCCACCCUAACCUCCGUCACCUCACUGCCCUCCAACUCAACCUUCCACGUCCCCACCUCAAACCUCGCCUAUCCAAUUUUCCCCACCCAACUCCGCGCCCUCUGCGCCAUCGAAUUCAAACUCCCAUCGAGCGAGACUUCGUCAUACUCCUUCGGCCUCUUCCUCCCCGAUGACUGGAACUCUCGUUUCCUCGCUGUUGGCCAGGGCGGUUUCUCGGGAGGGAUCAAUUGGCUCGAUAUGGGCGCUGGAGUCGGGUAUGGGUUCGCUGCUAUGUCGACGGAUACGGGCCAUUCUUCCAUUUCCGCGAAUGGGACGUGGGCGUAUGAGAACCCUGAAGGGGUCGUGGAUUGGGCGUGGAGGGCGAUGCAUGGGAGUGUUGUCGUUGCGAAAGAGGUUGUUAAGGGGUACUAUGGCGAAGAGGCGGAAUGGAACUACUACAGUGGUUGUUCCACCGGUGGGAGGCAAGGUUUGAAGGAGGUGCAGAUGUUCCCCGAGGACUUUGAUGGGGUUCUGGUCGGGGCGCCGGCGUGGUGGACGAGUCAUUUGCAGACGUGGACGGUGAAGACUGGGCUGGAUAAUAUGCCGAAUACCAGUAGUCAUUACAUCCCGCCGGCGUUGUUUCCCGUGAUUGGGACGGAGGUGAUUAGGCAGUGCGAUGGGCAGGAUGGAGUCAGGGAUGGGAUUGUGAGUAGGCCGGAGGGAUGUCAUUUCGUUCCUGAGGCGUUGCUUUGUCGGGAGGGCGUGAGGAAUCAGACGCCGGAGGGGUGUUUGACGGUGGAGCAGAUUGGGACUUUGGGCAGGGUUUAUAAUGAUUAUGUUGAGACGAAUCAGACUUUUGUCUUUCCGCAUAUCAACCUGGGAGCCGAGUCGCAGUUCGAGGUCCUGAUGAGUGGAUCGAGGAUACAUCCACUGGGCAUUGACUAUGUGCGGUACUUUUUGCUGAACGAAUCGACGUGGGAUCCCAAGGACUUCGACUACCAGAUUGUUCAGGAGGCGGAUGCUGUUCAGCCGGGUAAUGCGAGUGCCAACAAGUUCGAUUUGAGGCCAUUCCAUAAGCGCGGGGGCAAACUGUUGCACUACCACGGCCUGGCUGAUGGUCUCAUCCCAACGGGAUCCUCCGAGCACUUCUACCGACAAGUACUGAACACGAUGACACCCAAAGACAUCGAGCUCGACUCCUGGUAUCGCUACUUCCGGAUCCCAGGUAUGCAGCACUGUGCUGGGACGCCCUCGGAUGUCAACGCACCUUGGUACAUAGCUGGCGGGAAUCAGGCAGCAGACCUUAGCAGUAGCACCAAUGGAGUACCUGGCUACCGGGAUGCGGAACAUGACGCUCUCCUAGCUCUGAUGGAAUGGACUGAAAAGGGCAAGGCGCCGGAGCAGAUCAUUGCAACAGUAUGGCAGAAUGAUACGCUGCAGGAUGAAGUGCUGAGGCAGCGACCGAUCUGCCCGUUCCCACAGCAUGCUGAGUAUGAUGGGAAGGGAGAUCUGGACGAGCCGGCAUCCUGGAAGUGUGGUUCGGAGUUUACGCUGCAAAGGCAGGAGUCGUAUUGA